AUGAACAACUCAUUCAUUGCUUUAAUCAAAGACAUAAAAAGAGAUGACAGCUUAAAAAAUGUGGAAAGAAACUAUCAAAUAUGUAUAAAUAAUUUAAAGGAUUUAGAAAAAAAAAAACAAAAUGAUAAAAUAUUUCCAUUUAACAAUGUAAUUAAAGAAAAAUCAUAUAUUUUAUUAAAAUUAUUAUACCUUCAAAUGUUUGGAAAAAAAAUAGAUAAAGAACAUAACUUUUCAGUAAUAGAAAUAUUAACAUGUAAUAAAUAUAUAUUAAAAAGACGAGCCUUUUUAUUUCUUAACAAUAUAAAUGAUAAUGAAGAUGUUAUAUUUUUAUUAAUAAAUUUAUAUAAAAAAGAGUUAUAUAAAGAAAAUAUAUCUAAUACAUUAGGAACAAAAACAAGGGUUUUAAACUCGUUAACAAAUAUUAGUACAUCAAUAAUUAAAGAUAAUCUUAUUAUGCUAGCAAAUACUUACAAUAAUUAUGGAAAUAAUGGAAUUAAUUCAAACAUAGGACCUCGAAAUUCUACAUCUACUGUAAAAUCAGGUUCAAAUUUUGUAUCAAAAGAAAAUGAUUUGUCUCAUUUUCAAUUUAGUAAUAAUAUAGAAAAAUAUUAUAAAAUUAUUAACACUACAUUAAUUUUAAAUAGUAUAAGCAAUAUUUGCACUGAUAUAAUGAGUAAUAAUUUAUAUAAUGAUAUAUUUAUGUUAUUAAACAGUUCAUUUAUGUAUGUAAGAAAAAAAAGUAUAAUAAGUUUUUAUAGGCUUGUUAUUUGUAAUUUAGAUAUUUUACAUAUUUUUUUCGAUUUUAUAAAAAAAAAUUUUAUUUUACUAUAUAAUAAUGAAUGUCCAUCUUAUGAUACUUUACAUAAUGAAGAGCCCGGUUAUGUUCUGAAAAAUAAUACAUCGUUAUGUUGCCUGAUUAUUAAUAUUAUUGCUGAAAUUUUCUGUACAUUGGAAAAACAUGAAAAAAAAAAUACACACCAAAAUAUUAACGAUAAUAUAAACACAGAGUCAGAAAUAAUUUAUCAAUUUGAUAAAAAAGAAAAAAAAUAUAGUUCAAAAUUUGUACAAAGUAAUUCAAUUGGUGAACACACACAUAAUGAUAAAACCCAACAAAGUAAUCCUAUGUAUUUAAAAAAAUAUCUUUCUUUUAUUCCAUUUAUUUAUAACAUUUUGAAUGAUCGUCUACAUUUAAUAGACAAUUGGAGACUAAUAAAAAUUAUAAAAUUUAUAAAUAAAUUAACAAAAUAUGAAAAUAGAAUAUAUAAAAAAUUUCUUUCCAUAAUUAUUCAUAUAUUUUAUACAAAUAAAGCACAAAGUGUUGUUUAUGAAUGUUUUGAGUUUAUUUUGUUUAAUUAUAAAAAUACUUACAAUUUGGAAAUUAAUUUGGAUAAAUAUAUUUCAGGAAAUGAAAAAAACCUGAACAAGCAAGAAAAUAAUGCACAAAUGAACCAAAAUAUUAUGAACAGACAUGAAAAUAAUGAGGAACGUUAUAAACAAAUAGAAAGUUUAAAUAAAAAUGAAAACAUAAACAAAGAAAAUGGAAAUGUGCAAAAUGAAAGUGAUACAUUAUUAUGUUAUUGUUUUUCACAUUUAAUAAAAUAUUUAUAUAGUGAUGAUAAAAACAUUGUAUAUGUAUGUACAAAGUUAUAUCGAUCUAUAUUUGCAAUAUCAGAUUUAUAUAAUAUUUUUGUAAAAUAUAAUUUAAUGCACGAUUUUUCAAGACAUAUAUUUAACAAUUUUGAACAUAAAGAUAUAACAUUAAGAAAUAACUUAUUAUAUAUUAUAUAUUUUUUAAUAAAUAAAAAUAAUUUUGAAAAUAUUAUUUAUAAUAUACUUGCAUAUAUAUAUAAAAAUAAUGAUCAAGAAUAUUUAGAUGAAUAUAUAAAUGUUAUAUUAAAAUAUGGAGAAAAUAAUUUAAAACAUUUAAAUAAUAUUAAUCUAUAUAUUUUUAUUUUAUUUUAUAUUUUAUGUCUUAAAAAUCAUGGAACAAAUAUAAAAAUAUUAGACCAAAUACACAAAAUUAAUUCACAAUUUUCUAGUACACAUAUAUCUACAAAUUUUUUAAGUUCUCUUUUUAUUAUUACAUAUGGAAAUUUUUUAAUUAGUACAAUAUUAAUAAGAAAAGAAAUUGGAAAUAAUAAUUGUUUACCCAUUGAUAGUAUAGAAAAUAACACAAAACACAAUUUGUCUACUUUAAUAAAUGAAAAAAAUGAUAUACAAGAAAAUUUAGAAAACAACGAAAUGGAUGUAGACAAUCCUACCUUAAAUGAUAAUCCGAUUUACAAUUGUAACGAUUCGACAAGAGCUGUAAAAGAAAAUGACAAAAAAAAAUUAUCAAUAAACACUAGGAUUUACAAUUUUAAUGAAACUGUCGAAAAUGAAGUUGAUUAUUUUUUUAAUAACCAUAACGAAAGUUUAGAAAAAUACGAUUUAUUCGAAUAUAUUAUAAGCAUAUUAAAAAUAGAAGACAAGAUAAGUUAUAGCAAAGAAAAUACAAGUAAAUAUAUUAAUAUAAAUAAUAUGAAUAUAAAAUGUUUUGAUUAUUUAAUAUAUUUUAUAAGUAUAUAUAUACAAGAAACAUAUAAAGAAAUAAAAGAAUUUAAAAGCGAUAAUUUUUUAAAUAUAUUUUUUUUUUCAUUAUAUUUAUUUUUUAUAAAAUUUAGUACUAGUAGUAUAUUAUGGAAUGUAACCAAAAUUUUUGUAUUUUUUUCACAAUAUAACAAAUUUUCUGAUUUAUCUUUUUUUUAUUUAUCUAAAUUAGAAAAGUAUAUAGAUUAUUUGAUAUUUAAGCAAAAUGAUAUGCAAAAUUUGGAUAGAUCUUUAAUUUUAAAACAUAUUUUAGCACUUAUAAAUAGCAAACAAUCUACAAAUACGUCAAUAUUUUACAAUUAUUUUGACACAAAAAUAGAAAUAGAGAAUAUUGAAACAUCUUUUAACUAUUCAAUUCCAUUUAAAUAUAAUGAUUCAUUUUUUUUACAAACUAAUAACCAGAAUUCUGAUAAUACCUCUAAUUUUCAAUAUGUUGAUAAAUAUCAUAAAACUUCCAAAUCACAAACUUUUAACGACGAAUUAGAUAUUUUGUUAUAUAAAACUAAAAGAUGUAGUAACAUUUUGAAAGAAAAUAACUUAUUAUUCCUUGUUCAUAUUAAUAACCAUUUUAAAUUAUAUUAUUAUAUAACUCAAGAUCAUAUUUUAUAUCUUUAUAUUGAUUGUAUUAAAGAUGAAACUAACAUAAAUAAUAUUGUUUUGUCUUUAUCUGCAAAUAUAAUUGAAUAUAAAACAAAUAUUGAAAAACAAGAACAAUUUAAAUUGGUGAAUAACCAGGAAAAUUAUUUUUUUAAAUUUAACCAAAAUUAUUUAAAUGAACAAAUUCAGAAUAUUGAUGAUACCCAAUUAGAAGACAACACUAAUAAUCAAAAUAUUAAUACAAAUAAAAAAAUAACAAAAAAUGAAAUAAAAAUUUCAGAUAAUAUUAUUGACUGUUUAACUAUGUCGAUAAAAUUUUCAACACAUUUUAAUUAUAUUAAAUUGAUGCUUAGUUAUUCCUACAAUAUGGAAAGUUACGAAACUUCGAGUAUUACUAUUCCAUACUUCCCUAUGACCCCGUUUGUUUUAUCUUUGGAUGAAUUUAAGAAGAUUGAUAAAAAAAAAGGUAAAUUUCGAAAUACUAUUCAUGAAAUAAAUUUAGAAAAAGAGAAAGAUGUUCGAAAAGUGGUUUUUAAUUAUUUUGUUUUUUUGUCUGAACAUAUAAAUAUGUUUUUUUUUAACAUCAAAAAUGCAUAUUUAAAUUUGAAAAAAAAUAAUGAUGCUUCGGACCUUCGUAUAAUCCUAUGCACCAAAAGGAUCGACAAACAAGAUGGAAUCAUUCUACUAAUAAACAGCAACCACACCAAAAUCGAACAUGCCAAAAAUGACGAUAAAAACGAAAACAGAGAAGGCGAAGACAAUGAUAAAAAUGAAGCACAUCUUAUAUCUUAUCAAAUUGAUAUUCAAAUAAAUUUAUUAAAUUCAUCACAAAAAGAAGAUGAACUAUUUCUGGACUACUUAAAUUAUUAUUUAUCUGCUUUAUUUUCAAAAAAAAUUAAUAUCGAUGAUAUUUUCUCACAGUUCUAA